GCAGUAUAUCAAGCGCGCAUAUUAUAAUAUCGGUCGUCGACUCUCUUCUCUAUUCGCGAAUUUUAGCCAAUUUUUUAUACACAACUUUUUUUCUCGCAAGCAGUAUCGGUUGAUGGCAUAUUUUUGGCAUAUUUUUGAUCAGAGAUUUUUACAAAGUAAAUAAUUGAAAAUGCCUGCAAUGUUGGGAAUGAGUAUGAAGAGUGUAAAAGCUCAUCCGUCUUUGAUUCCACUUUACGUUUGCAUUUUUGCGGGAGGUGCGGCUGUUGUUGGUUACAUGUCGAGAUGUGCAUUAAAAAAUCCCGACGUAUCAUGGGACCUGAAAAAUAAUCCCGAACCAUGGCAAAAAUACGAAAACAAAAGAUAUCAGUUUUUGGAUCCUGUUGGUGCUAAAGGAUGGACUACUCCCAAAAGAAUGAAUAGCAUUUGGGAGUAAAAAUUUCGAAGUGAGAAAGAGGAUCAAUGAUAGAAAAACUAUUCAAAAAAGAAAGCUAAGCUUUGUUAAUCAUUGUUUUAAAAACAAAAAAGUUAGCGUAAAGUCUGAAAAAGUAAAUAGAUUUACUUUACACUUUUAUAGCAUUUGUCAAAAUGAUAAUCCGUUUGUUACUUCGUAUACUCUUUCUAUACAAGUAGAAACAAAUUUUUUGUAUUCAACUACAUUUAUAUUUUCUGUAAAUUUAUAAUCAGAAAAUAGGUAAUUUACUACGCAUUUUUUUUAAAGAUGACUCUAUCUCUUGAUGAGCCUUUGAUAAAAUUUUACUAUCUACAUUUGAUAUGUCUAAAAGAUUCCAUAAUUGUGUUCUAAUAAAAGAAAUUUGUAUCAAAGCAAAA